AUGGUAUAUCUCAUCUUGAGCUUGGUUUUAUACAUCAACCUAGUACACUGCCAGCUUCCAUUCCCUCGAGAACAUGUACAUAUUGACUAUAAAACGGUCACCAUAUGUGAGGAGACAGCUGGCGUGGAAUCCUUUUCGGGCUACAUCCGCUUGCCCCCAGCCACGUUAGAGGAAGUCGGACUAGAUCAGUCCUACCCGAUAAAUAUCCAUUUCUGGUACUUUCAGAAUCGCGAAAAAAAAGAAGAUGCACCUUUGACAGUUAAUCUAGGAGGUGGCCCAGGAGCCUCGACCUUGAUGCAACUGUUUAGGGAGCACGGGCCGUGCAAAGUCAACGCGGACAGCAGUACUACGCGCCUGAACCAGUGGUCAUGGAAUUCAGAGUCUGAUAUACUGUAUAUCGAUCAGUCUGUCCAGGUUGGGUUUAGUUACGAUCGUCUCGAAGAGGGGGUGCAAAGCGCCUUUGGAGAAGUGUCGCUGGAUGUGAACUCAGAGAGUGCGAAGAGCGCGGCAACACCAGGCUCCCGCCGAGGCUUCUUUAGCAGCAAUGACCCAAAACAAACUGCCAAUAGCACUCAGAGUGUGGUACAGAGCACAUGGCUCUACCUGCAGAUCUGGCUAGCGAUGUUUGAUCGGCGUCGAUCUUCCAACCCGACGAUCAACAUCUGGUCGGCCUCAUACGGGGGUCAUUAUGCACCAAAUCUAGUGAAAUACACACUAGAGCAGAACGCACGGCUCGAAUCUGGGGAUCUGAGCUCGGAUCUGUAUAAGAAGAUGCACAUAGGAUCGGUGGGAUUGACCAACGCCUGCCUCGAUGCCCCCGUCCAAUUGCCAUACUACGCAGAGAUGGCACAUGCAAACACAUACAACAUUUCUCUUAUUACCCAAGCCGAUUAUGACUCUGUGCAGCAGCACUUUACGCAACCAGGUGGUUGUCUGGACAAGAUUGCUACAUGCAGAGCUGCGGCACCUUCCCAAGCAGACGACUUCGGACAGAAUGCAACUGCGAACGCGAUAUGUCAUGAGGCCAACUCCUACUGUGGAAAGCAUAUAGCGGGCAUGCUCUCCACCAGCGGUAGAAGCGUGUUCGACAUUGGGUACCCGGAUAAUGUUCUUCACGACCCGCUGAUGGAUAGCUAUUUUGGCUAUCUGAAUCAACGUCAUAUCCAGGAAGCUUUGGGCGUUCCGCUCAAUUUCAGCGCCAACUCACCAGUGGUCGCUCAAGCCUUCUCGAUGAGCGGUGACAAUGUAAAAGGCGGAAGUCUGGAAGCGAUAGGAAGUAUCCUUGACAGUGGGAUCAGUGUGACGCUAAUAUACGGCGAUCGUGAUUUUGCUUGCAAUUGGCUCGGCGGCAAAGCUCUUUCACAGGCGAUAGGCUGGUCUAAGGCACAGACGUUUCAAAAGGCAGGUAUUCAAGACCUUGUCAUUCCAUUGUAUCCAAAAGCGGCGCAGGUGCAACAGGGAGGAGGUUUAUCCUUCAUUCGUGUCUAUAGUGCCAGCCACAGUGUCGGCAUGCAGCAGCCACAAAUAGCACAAACGAUUUAUAAUCGUGCGAUCGCGGGUGUUGAUAUCGCCACUGGGAGCAUCCUCGCUGAUGCAAGGUAUGCCACAUUCCAUGAAUACCCGUCGUGGGAGUGGGAAGAUGAGCCACCACCAGUUGCCGAAAGUAAUCCGUGCUAUACUCUGAACUUGGGACUUUGCAGCGAAAGACAAAGAAGUAUGUUCCUUGAUGGGUCAGGCACGGUUCAAGAUUUCUUUCUUAUUGCUGAUGGGGAGGGGAACUGUAUUCCCAAUCCGGUGCGGCCGUGCGUAGGGAACAAGGAGCCGUCGACUUGGGAUUCAAAGGUCCACCUCAAAGGGCCCAAAGAACCAUCCAGUGGCUUCAUCAUCUUGGUAUCGGCAACAGCUUUGGGGUACGUGGCUUGUGUGGGAAUUGUUGGGUUUUUGGUGAGACGUCGUAAACAUAGGUAUUCACGCCUCUAG